UCCAUUUGAAUUUGCACUCUGACCUACAUCAUCACCUCUUAUAUCGAUGUAAUGGUGCAAAGGUGAUAUUGGGAAGGAUUAAAAAUGAACAUCAAAUAUAUAAUGUCUUUGUUAAGCAGUAAAUGCCAGGUUGCAUAAUUGAUGUUUAUGUCAGCGUACUUUGGGACAUUGGAGUGUUCUAGCAGGCACACAGCACAUCCAACAUGGGUAAUGUUUUCAGUCGGUAGGCGUCUUGCACUCGCUCCUCUUCUCUCCACUUGACUUUAAUUCGGUCGCGUCAUCCUUACAGACUCGCCUCCACGCAUUGUGGGCUUAUACUUUCUGCCUGGACCACUAUAUAUAAAAAGAAAUAAAACAAACAAAACAGAGAAUGGAGGGAGGGCUGAAGCGGAGCGUGAAUUUAUUUGAGCACGCUGUCAGGAUUGAGCUGAUGUGAGCGCUGCAUCAAGUGCGCGGUGGUGAUGCUCCAGUAUAAAAUAGUCCGCUGUGUUUUGGCACAGAGGGCGAUGCAUCAGUUUAACCCUCGGCUCUGCCCUCCGGACUCGCCCAUACAGUAUUCAGCCUAGAUAAGUUGAGGGGAUGUGUGAUCUUAUUGUGAGGAAUCCUGCCGAGGAGCUCUCUGUUCGUCUGUUUGUUUCUUCAACUUCGAUGGCUUGAGUGGCCCAUUUGCACUCAUGCUUGCAGCCGAGGAGGGAUGUAAGGUACGGGCCAUCUACCGCCCUCACAUUGCACGGAGUACCGGCGUGAUUAAGGUCGCUAUCUGAGUGCCAGUAAGAAAAGAAAAAACUACUUUCCGAGAUGUGAAUUAUCGAGAUUUGCUACUCAUUCCACCGGCUCACUUGUCCUAUGCUAUCGACAACGGGAUUUCAAGAGGAAAAUGAUUGUGGCAUAAACUAUUUCUGGAGACGCUUGUCACAGAUAUCGCCGCUGAAGUGGACAGAGUGGAUGGUUAUUUCCCAAACUGUUCAAGCCUAUGAAUAUUGCAUUCAUUUGUUGGAAACGCUGCCUAGUGUCUUCGAGAACAGCGCAGGAGGAAUGCUGGUCCAAGAUCUAAUGUCAUUUACUUUGAGCUUUUGGCCUUUUUUCUUUGGUCAUUGUCUUCUCUCACUGUUUUUACUUUCAUGCCAGGGAGAACUUCAGAGGUCAUGCUCACGGACUGUGGCGGAGAAAGUUAGUGAACAGUGCCAGCUGGCAUGCCAGUGUCAAAGAUACCCUCCCCUUCCUCCUCCGCCGCCUCCACCGCCUCCCCCACGGUUACUGGGCACCACAGUGAUAGAGCCCCAGAAGCCCAAGUUUAGGCCCUGGUGGACAGAGAUGGACUUUAUAGUGCUUGGAACCGUGGGCUGUGCCUCAGUUGUCUUCCUUCUCUCAGCCAUCAUCAUCUCCUACAAGGCCAUCAAAAGGAAACCACUACGAAAAGAAGAGAACGGGACAAGUCGUGGGGAAUAUGCCAUGAGCAUCCGUAACAAGAAGGCCAUGGAAGGGCUUAGCCCUUUGCUUUACAAACAGGGGACAUGAGCCCAGGGCUGACCUUGUGACUGGUGAGAGACAGGAGAAUGAGCCAAUAGCCAGAGAUCAUGUUGCACAGAGGGUGGCCUCAGCAGGGAUGUGUGUGACUCAGUGCUGUUACAGGCGUCCUCCACAGCCCCACUGGAAAAACACACCUGAGCUGAACUGGAGCAUCACUCAACGCUGCUCUAUUGUUGUUUUUUUGUUGUUGUUGUUUUUUUUUUACAUUAAAUCUGUGUAUGCGCGCGAUGGGGUCUGAUGAGUGUAUUCGGUGAGAGUGGGUUGUUCUCUGUGGCUGUCAGUUAAGUAUAGAUUUUGGCUAAACUGUGCAAAAACACAAGCUUGCAUCUAAACAUGCACAGGUUAUUAGCUAACAGUAUAACUCAACAUGUACCUAUAUGAGAGAAAUGAUGGAUGCAUGAAUGUAAAUAUUGAUAUUUAAAUAUCUGCCUUCUGGACUGUUAAUGUACAGUGUAACAGAACAUGUUUAUACAUAGUAAAACAGUGUGCUACCAUUUGAAAUUAUGUCAAUGUUGUUAUGGAGCAAGCCAUUAAUGUAUAUAUGGCAAUUAAUAGUACACAAUUUGUGCAUUAUACCAAACAGAUAGAAAGAUGUGCAUAAAUUAAUUUCAUUGCUGAGUUUUUCAUUUGUAAAUAAAGCUGUACAUACCAACAGAGCUAUUGUGUUUAAA